AUGGAUCAAGCACGUAGUAAACUAACCAUCAAGAAUGAUCUACUUCGAGUAUUCGUGGCUGAGCUUCUUGGCACCGCCUUGUUGGUAUUGAUCAUCAACUGUGUCGUCGCUCAGUCUGUACUUCUCGGAGCUCCCAACAAGAUGAUCAACGUCAACUUGGGAGUUGGACUUGCCAUCGCUUUUGGCAUCGCUGUUUGUGCUCGUAUUUCUGGUAUGUUAUUGUUUUAGUGUGGUUCUUAAAAAAGAAGUUGAAAAAAUUGUUUUUAACUUUAAAAAUUAUAAAAAAUUAAAUUGCACAACUAACUUGCGUAUACUAAUAUAAUGACGUUGUUGUACGGAAAAGAAAGUUCCUACUGGCUAAUGAGGAUGGAUUAUACCCUCAUAACCUAUUUAUAUAAGACCAAAAACAAUUGACAACGUAAUCUUUCCUUACUAACUUUGUAAACAAAUACAUUGUAGCUUCUUUAGUCUUACAGUAUCAUAGUAAUGGGAGCUUUGAUCAUGUUAGUUAUGGUAGCCUUAUUCGGGCUACUAGCUGGUAGUGUUGCUGAUCAUGUUCACUAUAAGGAGGAUUUUGAUAAUUUUGUUUUCUCUGAUGGCAAGGGUACGUAGUUGUACUGUCAUUCAUCUGAAGUGUCAUGUCGUUUUAGAAGACCAGGACAACCCUGAGUUAAAGUCGCACAACAAUGUCAUAUUGGAAAAAGAAGCUUUAAAAGUCUAACUCUAUAUACCUUUAGUAGUCUACAGAUAGUAGUAACUGUACAUACUAAAUCACACUUCAAUGUAUAUACAAAACUUAGAGUAUUGUACCCAACGUCAUUAUAUUUAUUUUAAAUAAACAUACCUGUAGCUUUUAUAUUACCUAUAAUAACCGUAACUCCCUUUUCUAGGAGGACAUAUUAACCCUGCCGUAUCCUUGAUGUUCUUCACCUUCCGUCAGUUAAGUGCCAUCAAGUUUGCUGUCUAUGUCGCGGCUCAGUUCGUUGGAGCCUUCUUGGGUGCUUUGAUCACAUACCUCAUCUACAACGACGCCAUCAACAAGUACGACGGAGGAUAUCGUGCUGUGUUUGGCAGUAAAGCCACCGCCCACAUCUUUGCUUCGUACUCGUCCAACCAUCUCGGUGUUAUCAAUGGUCUUUUGGAUCAGGUAGGCUUUGGAGAUCGAACCAUUUAUACAUUACUCUAUAUCAGACAUUAUGUAUCUAUAAAAAGUCAAUAUGUCAUUAAGAAUAAUCACACUUUGACUAAACAUAACCAACAAUUACCUUCAGAUCGUCGCCACCGCCGUCUUCUGCCUUCUGAUCGCCCACACCGUGGACAAACGCAACCAGUACCCCACCUGGGUCCAGCCCUUCAUCCUUGGUACCUCUUUCGUGAUGAUUGGUACCGCUUUUGCUUUGAACGCGGGAUACCCUUGCAAUCCAGCCAGAGACUUCAGUCCUCGUUUUUUCACCUUCAUCUCUGGCUACGGCUGGGAAGUGUUCAGCUUCAAGAACUACAAGUGGUUCUGGAUCCCAAUCUUGGGCCCUCUGAUUGGUGGAGUGGUCGGUGGAUGGAUCUACGAGAUCACGGUCGGAUUCCAGACUCCAGAAGCCGAGGAGUACCAGAUUGUCGCUUCAGGACGCGAAUUGCAUGUUGUCAAGACGAAGUGAGUUGUGUUUGAUCUCUUUUGUGGUUCUUACAAACAACCCAAUAAUGGUUUUUAACUAUACGAUUCUUGUUGUAAAUACUAUACAAUUUCAGAGUUGACGAAGCCGAGAAAUUGAAUGUCUAA